CGUGCGCGCCGCCCGCAGUGCCCGUGUGCGCCGCCGUGCGCCUGGCCGGGGGCGUCUCGGGGUGCACCGGCGGCCGGGCUCCGGCGGCGGCAGCAGCGCAGCCUCAGGCUGGCUACCUCCGACGCCCCCGACGCUAUGGAGGAGUGGGAUGUGCCCCAGAUGAAGAAGGAGGUGGAGAGCCUCAAGUACCAGCUGGCCUUCAAGAGGGAGAUGUCCUCCAAGACGAUCCCCGAGCUUCUCAAGUGGAUCGAGGAUGGGAUCCCCAAGGACCCCUUCCUGAACCCUGACCUGAUGAAGAACAACCCUUGGGUAGAGAAGGCCAAGUGUACCAUCCUAUGAGCCUCACCCACACUCUGUGUAAGGUGUGACUUUAUAAAUAGACGUCUCCAGGUGUCUUGGCUUCUGUA